AAUUUGAAGCACAUAAGAUAUAACCAUAGGACAGUGAUGGUAUGCGAUCUAAGUCAGGUCGGAGCCAUCGGAAUGUUUUGGAUCGCUUUCGUGUCGGCACUGUAUCGCGUGGCACAUAGCAAAAAGCAAAACAAAUAACUCGGACACUCGGUCAAUCAACGGGAUUUUUAGUUUCCACAAUUUUACGCGUCGCAGUGCCCUAGUCAUCAGUCGGUCCACGGUGUCGACGACGGGCGUUUGUUAUCGGAUCGACGAGACAAUAAGAUAUUAACUCGUCAAAUAUUGACAUUUGGACAUCAUAAGAUCUCGUAUCUGGUCAACGACGAACUUGUCUUCCGCUCUCAGUUUCGUUGUCUCACUUUUCUCCAUUUUCAAUUUUUACCGCACACUUCAGACAACAGUCGACGGCUCGGGAUACGACGCGUCAGCACUCAGCAGCAGCUGUACUGUAUAAUUAAUACUUAACAGUUGUAGUCUACUGCCUAGUCCUUCGUUUGGUGGAUGUGCUGGUCUUAGAAAUAUAACUGCGUAAUGGCCGAGAAGAGAAAAGGCAAACGUCGACGGGAUGAGGAGUAUAGCUUGGACCCGGAGGCUGCAGCUGAUAAACCCAGCAAAACCGAGUACUCCGUAGCUGCCUGGUUGCGCAAGCAUGUUCCACACAAAAAGACAAAGUUUGCUGGACACAAUGUUGAGUACUUUACAGGGAGCAAAGCUGUUGACAGCCUGUUGGAAUCAAAAUGGGCAACCAGCGAGAAGUUGUUCACCACCAGACAGGAGAUUGAAACGUUCUUGGACUUAAUGUUGAAGCAUCAGUUUUAUCACCGUGCUAAAAAAGUGCCGAUAUCUGAUCAGGAACUAAAAGCUAUAAAAAAUAAAAAGUCCAAAAAAUCUAAUGAUACUGAUAAAGAUGAGAAGAAGAAAUCAGAUAAAAAGAAAAAAGAUAAGAAAGAUGACGAAAGCGAAGAAACUAGCAAAGAUGACAAAAUUGAUGAUGAUAAAAUCAAAUCCACCGAAAUUGAACGGAAAAAAAAAAGUCGUAAAAUACGUUUGGAAAUGCAUAUGGAACAAUCAUUUGUUGACAAUUUAGAUGCAUAUGUUUGGAUUUAUGAUCCUAUUCCAUUUUAUUAUUGGGUUAUAGGAACAUUCAUUGUAUUUGGAGGAAUUGGAAUUUGCUUAUUCCCAUUAUGGCCACCACAAGUGAGAAUGGGUGUGCAGUACUUAAGUAUAGCAGCUGCAGGAUUUCUAAUAUUCAUUAUUGUUUUGGCCAUUCUUAGAUUAGUCUUAUUUAGUUUGCUUUGGAUAUUGACAACUGGGAAAUUACAUUUUUGGCUAUUUCCAAAUUUGACAGAAGAUGUUGGUUUCUUUGCUUCAUUUUGGCCCAUUUAUACAUAUAGUGUAUUCUAUAAAAAAAGUGCUAAAAAGGGAAAGAAAAAAAAGGAAAAAUUAUCAGAUGAUGAGGAUGAAGAUGAUAAAAAACUGGAUGAUUGUGAUGAAGAAAAAAAAUCUUCAGAAUCUGAAAUCGACGAAAAGGUUCCUGAAACUGAAACAUUUGAACAUGACAACACUUUAUUAGAUACAGAAUCUGGGCAAUUUGAAAAUCCAAAAUGUUCUGAGGAUUCUUCCUCAACUGAUACAGAAUCGAGUAGCCAGCAGUCUCACAGUGGUAAUGAUUUUGUCAUGGUGGAAAAACAUGAUGCCCAAGAUACAUAAUAAUAAGUAAUUAACUAUAAUAUAAAAUUAACAAAUCCCUUUAUUUAUGUUUUCCAAUAGCUUUUGCUGUGGUUUGAUUUAAAAUUAAUAUAAUAAUUUAUUAUUGUUUUUACU